AUGCGCAUCACUCAUUUCGGGACCCUCUUCUCUCUCGCCCUCAGUGCGAACAGUAUACCAACAGCAUCCCCACCUCCAAAACCCCACGCCUACCUCCCCAAGCGCCUCAUCGCCCUCGAAGAGCAUGUCGUCUCCCCCUCGCUCGAAGCCGAGAUCAUCGCCAGCGGCCUAGCCCAGCGCAACCCCGGCGUACUCUCCAAGCUCAAAGACGUCGGAGCCGGCAGAAUCGCCGCCAUGGACGCCGGCCACGUCUCCCUCCAAGUCCUCGCUCAGCAAUCCGCAUCAGGCUCCGACGACCCAUCUGGCUGCCGGUCCGCCAACGACGCCAUCCGCAGCGCCAUCGACGCAAACCCCAAACGCUUCGCCGGCUUCGCCGUCCUCCCCAUGUCGCUCCCCGACGAAGCAGCCACAGAACUAAACCGCAGCGUCACCUCCCUCGGCUUCAAAGGCGCCAUGAUCUGGAACCACCUCAAAGACGGCACUUACUACGACGCCGCGCGCUUCGACCCCGUCUUCGCCAUGGCACAAGCCCUCGACGUCCCUCUGUACCUGCACCCUGUAUCCCCCACCGCAGACGUUGCUUCCAAGCUCUUCGCCGGCAACUAUCCCGCCGCCCUUACCGGGCGUCUGGGAUCAAGCUCCUGGGGCUGGCACGUCGACGUCGGAACACACGUGCUACGCCUCUUUGGCGCCGGCGUCUUCGAUCGCUUUCCCAACCUCAAACUCAUCAUUGGGCAUAACGGCGAAGGCCUACCCAUGUUCAUUGACCGCAUCGACUCGACGGGCUUGCGCAAUGACACCAAGUUUGAGACGGUGUGGAAUCGGAAUAUCUGGAGCACGACGAGUGCGUUUUUUACGGUCCGUCAGUUUGAGCAGUUGAGGCAGGUCAGUCCUGUAGAGCGGAUUAUGUAUUCGGUGGAUUAUCCGUUUAGUGAGAUGACGGAUGGGUGGGCGUUUGUGCAGAGGUUGGCCGAGGCGAGGGUGUUGAGUGGGGAGGAGAUGGAUGCGUUUGCGUUUGGGAAUGCGGAGAGGCUUUUGGGGUUGUGA